CAACUGAAAUAAAAGAGCAGAUUAGAAUAAGCUCGGUCGGCGAAUAUGUUUUAAGGAAAUCGAACCAUUUAUCGAGAGCUAGCGGAUAGCUAGGUGCGUAUCGAAUAUUCAAAAAUAACUUCGGGGGUGCGAUUGACCGGAUAAUAGAUCGCCGGUUUGGAGUGUUUGUUUUGACCCAACAAGCCGGUCGCCGCCACGCUUCUCUCCAAAAUUCGAACCCGCGUCGUCGAGUAUUCCUGCUCGACGCUCGCGAUCUUCUCCUCUGUCGUGCUCGCAUGCAAUAUGGCUAUGUACGGACGUUAUCACGGUAGGAACAAUGAAGAGCUCGUCCAACAUCUCAGGCGAUCCAGAGUGAUUAAAUCUGAUAGAGUGUUUGAGGCAAUGAAUUCUGUGGACAGAGGAAAAUAUACUCAUCCUAACCAUGCUUAUAUAGAUGCUCCACAAGGGAUAGGUUACGGCGUCACCAUUAGUGCUCCCCAUAUGCAUGCGUAUGCCCUGGAAUUGCUUGAAGAGAAACUGCGUAAUGGUGGAAAGGCAUUAGAUGUUGGUUCUGGUUCAGGAUACUUGACAGCAUGUAUGGCCAUUAUGUUAGGAACACAUGGAUUAGCUGUUGGAAUCGACCAUAUUCCAGAGCUUCGAACAAUGGCUGAAGAAAAUAUUCGACACGACAAUCCAGAACUUUUGCGCGAAGGACGUGUGGAAUUAGUUGUCGGUGAUGGGAGAUUGGGAUAUCCUGAUCGUGCACCAUAUAACGCUAUUCAUGUGGGAGCAGCCGCUAAAGAACUGCCGCAAGCGUUGAUAGAUCAAUUAGCACCUGGUGGACGUUUAGUAGUGCCAAUGGGCCCCGAGAACUCGGAUCAAACCUUAGUGCAAAUCGAUAAGACUAUGGAUGGCAAAAUCAAGCAGCGGCCACUAAUAGGAGUGAUGUUCGUCCCACUCACCGAUAGGGAACGACAAUAUCGUCGAUCAUGAGAUACGUGUCUGCUCCAAUAAGUGAGCGCCACUUUAUUAUUUAUAAUUACAAGUAUUAUUUUAUUAUUCUAACAUUGUACACAACUUUACUCACGUAAAACGUGUUAGAGAAGCAAUUUAACUGCAUCAAAUACAUAAUUUUGUUAAAAAUUUUUAUAAAUAUUAAUCAAAAUCUAGCAUUAGAAAAUAUUUCUGUAUCUUUGAGAUUACCAACAUUUAGAAUUAAGUUUUUAUUUUUUUGGUAUCAUAUUUUAUUAAAUGUAUUAAUUUUUUUAAUAAGAGAACAACUAGAUAUUGUUGUAAUUUUUGCUUGCAGAAAAUUUUGCUUUGUAUCUAAAUAUGCAAUAAUGUCGAUUAGUGAUAUUAUCUAGUCUUUAGAUAUUACAUAAAUAUAAUAUAUAUAUGAAUAGUAACCGUCAGGAAAAAGAACUAGAUUUAAACUAAUGGCUAUGAUAUUUAAAUUAUAAUGUUAAUAUAAACUUAUAAUUUGCAGUUGUGUUUAAUAAUAAUAUUAUUAUAAUAAUAUAAUAGUUGUAUUUAAUAAUGAUAAACAUAAAACUUUAAUUUACAUGAUAUAAAUAAGACACAAGAGAUUCUUUUCGCUUUAAGCCAAAAUCUAAAGUAUAAUUUUCUAUUUGACUUUUUGUAUUAUUUAUUUGCUCGAUAAUAAAUUUUUAUGUUAAGUUUCUUCAAGAUCCCAUUUUACAAAUUAAAUGAAAAGAGAAUUAUAUACAAUUAAGCAGUUUAUUUAUUAACGAUAUGUAUAAAAUUGUUUACAUUUUUCUGUAUAAUAAGACUUUUAUAAAUAAUAUAUAUAAUAUAUAGUAUAUUAUUUAUUUUCUAUGGUUUAAUUGAUCUGUAUUUAUGAUCUGUGUAUCCUCUCCAAUUAUUGAUCUGUAUUUCUUAAAGUUAUAAAUAUAGAUGCAGUAUUUAAAAAUAAAUAUAUGUAUUUCAAAAAAUAUACAUUUAAAAUAUACAAUGACUAGAA